UUACGCAUAUAUAUAGCAGAUACGUAUCAGCCAAGAUCAGAACCAGGAAGUGAUGGAGAUGAAGAACGUCUCUUCUUGCUUCUCCACCUUCAUCCUCCUACUCUUGAGCUUCACUUCCUUUGUCAGCUCUCAGUCAGACUCCUGCUCCUCUAAGCUAACUGUUAGCAACCUCAUUCCUUUCAACACCUCUUCCCUCACCUGCAUGUCUGCAUGGAGCUCCGAAGGAUUCAUCCUAAGGUAUGAGAACGCAGGGCCAAGUCUGUGGAACUUUGUGCUCUCAGCACCUGAUAAAGGGGCGUACAUCGCAAUUGGCUUCUCUGGCAACGGCAGGAUGGUCGGGAGCAGCGCCGUGGUCGGGUGGAAGUCUAGCAGCGGCGUGGCCAUCGUGAGGCAGUACUAUCUCGGUGGGUAUAGCUCGAACCAGUGCCCGCCGGACAAAGGGAGCCUUUCAUUAGUGCAGGGGAGCUCGUUCAUAGUGUCGCAGAGUUCACGGUUGUACCUCGCCUUCCAGCUCAGUACUGCGCAGCCUGAGUCGAGUCUGGUCUAUGCCGUCGGGCCGUCGAACAGUCUGCCGUCGUCCGGUGGCUAUUUGUCUACGCACAGAGACAUGGCUUCCGGCACCUUGAGUUCUCCUGCUGGCGGCGGAGGUGGCGGGGAUGAUGAUGGUGAUGACGAUGAGCAUGGACGAAAAGGAGACGGGGAAGGAGAAUCGUCGAGCGGACGAAAGAGGGGCGGCGACAACGACAGCGAUGGAGAAGACGCAGUGGCAAGGAGAUCAGGCGGAGGCUUGAGCUUAGCCAAGAAACAUGCGCUGCUGACCAUCUUGGGGUGGGGGAUUCUGUUGCCCAUCGGAGCAGCCACGGCUCGAUUCCUGAAGCACCACGACCCGCUCUGGUUCUACUCACACGUUCUCGUUCAGGGGGUCGCCUUCGUCGUCGGGGUCAGCGGCGUGCUCGCCGGCUUCAAACUUGAGCACAACCUGGGCGACGGCCGCGACAUCGACGCACACAAGACCCUUGGCAUCUUCGUCUUAGCGUUCGGCGGCCUGCAAGUCAUGGCGGUUCUCAUGAGGCCAAAGAAGGAAGCCAAGGCGAGGAAGUACUGGAACUGGUACCACCACAACGUGGGACGGGCGGCGAUCGUUUGUGCAGUGGCUAACAUCUUCUAUGGAUUGUGGUUGGCGAAGGAGGCCCGAGACUGGAGCUACGGCUACGGCAUCUUCGUGGGGGUUUGGGUGGUCGGCUGCUUCGUUCUGGAGGAGUGGAGGAGGAAGCAUGUAGCGGAGUGUACCGUGUGUUAGGAUUGCGUUGCAUGGCUCUGCAUGCAUUACUUUGAUUCUUGUGGCUGUGCAUAGAAUCUUAUUUUGACUGUUCCUCUUUCUUCUUCUCGAGCGUGUAUACUUGUUCUUUGAUGGUGAAAUCAUUGUUGGUGUUUUUAUCCUUCA